GUCAUUUCUCAACAUUCCUCACCCCAGGAGCCUGAGAAGCUUCUAGCAGGCCAGCUGUCCUUCUGUAGCUGCUCCCAUAGGAUGAAGGUCUCUGUGGCCACCAUCUCCUUCCUUCUCAUUGCUUUCACCAUAGAGGCCAAAGCUACGUCCUCCUCAGGAGGACCCUACCACCCCUCAGAGUGCUGCUUCACCUAUGUCACACACCCAGUUCCACAUGAUCGGAUUUUGGAUUAUUAUAAAACCAGCAGCGAGUGCCCCAAGCCUGGAAUUGUACUCAUCACCAAAAAGGGCCGUUCCAUCUGUGCCAAGCCCAGAGAUGAGUGGGUUCAGGAGUACAUAAAGGACCUGAAGGAGAACUGAGUGGUCCAGAGGCACUGGGGAAAGGCACAGCCCAGUGACUAAAAGAGAAGGAGCCAACCUGCCUCCACACUCUGCACUUAGCCCCAGCCACCCCUAGGAGUUGCCUUGCCUCAAAUUAAAAACUAUUUAUGCCCUUUCAUGCCUUCA